AUGCGGACGCGAUUGGAGUUAGGCGGGUGGACGCUCGUGGAUGCGCACCGGGUCGCGGACGUCGUGCGGGACGACGAGGUCGUUCGCUUGGUCGCCUCAGACGGUUCUAUUGAUGACAAGAAGGUCAGUUCACCGAGUGGUGCGCUCGCGAAGGCGUUGGCGCGACCGUUAGCACCGGGAGUGAGCGAUGGGGAGGACGGCGGCGAAGACGUGGACGGGCGAGGACCGAGUCGGAGCGCGCGAAGGAAGAGUCAUAAGCGAGCGAGACGGCGCGCGGAGGCGGAGAAUGAGGACGAUAACAAAGAGGAGGAAGAGGAUGGUUCGAAUGAACGCGUGCGGUCUUCGAUUGAUAAGUCGAAGGCGGGCGUGUCGACGUCCGUGUACGGAGCCGAACUGCUCGGAGAGUAUCCGACAAAACCGCGACCGCUUCGUCCUGAGGAUUACGUGCACAUCUCGGAGCCGUACGUGCACGAUCCAAACUCAGCGAUGGCGAGAUUGCUCGAGCGUCGAGCGAAACACGAGGCGGACGUUCGCGCGUCGGGGGCGGAUGCGUGGGAAAAGAACGUCUUUCGAUGCGAGAUGCCGGACGAGGAGGUGGAGGAGUUCCCGCUCGCGCAGGCGCUGAAGCGAUCGGAUUUCAUCGCUUACAAGGUGCGGUACCCCGACGAGAGCGAGACGGAGUACUAUCAAGGUCGAGUGAUGCAUUACGAUCCGCAGACGAGCUUGGUUCGGGUGAAGCCGGUGCAAGAACAUCGCGUCACCGCGGCGGGCGAAUUGUUCUUCCAACAGGGCCAGCGCCCGAGAGCACCGUUCGAUAAGUUUGGUGAGAUAACGGCAACUUGGGUUAAGAACGCGGUCGAUCCAUACGUUGAAAACCCAUUCGCUGACCCCGUGAUCGUGAGCGUGAGACUCAUCGGCGGCCGAAGCGUCUGGGAGGGUGACGUACCAUCAAAAAUCUGGACGUCUGGGCGCAAGUUUACAAAACCGGCCGAGUUGUACGAAGAAUGGCUCGAGGAACACAUUCGCAUACAUCAUUACCAGAUGAAAAACGCGAAAAAGUGGGACGACGACAUCGCUCGAAGCGAUCGAGAGCGUCGACGAUCUGGCAACGAAGGUCGAAGGCGACCGCAUCGACACGAGCGACACUCACGACGCGAUUGGACCGACGACGGCGCUCACGACGCGAACGAAGCGGAUGGUGCCGACGGUGAGUACGUCGAACCCUGGCCGACGUCCGCCGAGGAGCUUCAGGCUAGGCUCAUGGCCGAAUGGAACGCGGCGGAGCAACAAAAUGUCAGACAUCCGACCGCCGAGCCAAUAAAGGAUCAAACACCGCCGCGACCGGGCGGUCUACCCCCACGCGGCAUACCCGGCGUCUCCUACGACGCUCACGCGGAUCAGCCGCCUCCACCGCCCGGAUCACCGCCCUCGGAGGCUGCAACGGGGAAAUCCAAGGAACCACCCGCGUCGGCGCGAGAGACGCGCUCCACGCGCCGACGCGCGCGCGCGUCCACCGCCGCCGCCAUGGAACUCUUCCGAUCCGCCGGCGACAUCGAUUAA